UAUCUUAAUUUACAGUUGCCAACAAUGUCAAGUAUGGCGCCUGUAAACGUUCGUAUAAAUCCUAUGGGCAUGUUAGUGAUAGGAGGUGGGCUUAUAAUAACAUUACUGUAUUUAUUUGGUAUGCCUGACUUAUUCAGAAGAGAACAGAGAGUCAGCAUGAAAGAACUUUUAUCUGUCAGCAUAGGUCUUGCUCAGAAAGGUGGUAAUCAUGUGAGGGAUAUUUAUUCUAAACAUCCAGAUAAAAUGGAUGAGAAAGUAAAAGGCAAAACAAAAGAAGGAGCGGACGAAAUGCUGACCAAUGGUGACCUGGAGUCUCACCGAGCUAUUUUCUAUGGAUUCUCUAAAAUGUAUCCAAGUAUAAAGAUAUUUUCAGAAGAGCAUGAUAAUAAACCUGUUGAUUUUAAUCAAAUUAAUCCUGUAAACACAAAACUUGAUGAAGUUGAAGAAAUAAUCAAAAGUGAUCAAUCUAUUCCAGUUAGUAAGAUUGCUAUAUGGAUUGAUCCUCUAGAUGCCACACAGGAGUAUACAGAAAGUCUAACUCAGUAUGUAACAACAAUGGUGUGUGUAGUGGUGGAUGGAGAGCCCAAAAUUGGUGUUAUCAAUGUUCCAUUCAAAGAAGAGACAUAUUGGGCUUGGGAUGGUUAUGGCUACUCUAAAAAUCUUAAACCAGCUGAAUCAGUGGAUUUAAACAGCUCCCAGAAACACAAAAUCAUAGUUUCACGAAGCCAUCAGGGAGAUGUUGAGAAGGUUGCAAAAAGUGCUUUUGGGGACAAUGUGGAAAUAAUUCCGGCAGGUGGAGCUGGCUUUAAGACUUUAGAAGUAGUGAAAGGUUCUGCUAACGCCUAUACACACAUCACACUAAUAAAAAAAUGGGAUAUCUGUGCUGGCAAUGCUAUACUGAACGCUGUUGGAGGCAAGAUGACUACUUUAGAUGGGGACUUCAUUGAUUACUCUCCAAAUCUCAAUGUUAAGAAUGAGAGGGGCUUAUUGGCCACAGUCAAUAGCAAACUACAUUAUGACUAUCUGGAUAAGUUGGGAUCAAAGGCAAAAGACUUGAUGGAGGCAACAAAAUCUCCAGGAUCACAUAGAUAGAUCUUAUGAGUUGAGCCUUGAAAUGUUUGUGCAAUUACUGAGGAAAGAAAUAAUUUUGCUUUUUUUAUGGAUUGAUAUUGGAGAGAAAUGUUUUGAAAAUAAUGAAAUAAAUUACACAUUAACUCCUAUUGGGACACAAAAAUGUAUUAAGAAUUAAUUCCUUAUGCAGUAGGAAUUUUCGUUGUUUUGUUUUUUUUAAACUUUUGUAUGAAAAGAGCUCUUUUUGUCUCAUUCAGUACAAGAUUAACUUAGCUUUUUUUUUUUUCUUUAGAAUAUCUAGCUAUUUUUGUUUUAUUUCUUUAAAUAUUUCAUAUAAUAGUAGCACUUUGAAAAUAUGGUGAAACAUAGAUAAGUUCUGUAACAGGACUUCCAACUAUAGACUUUUGACCUAUCCACAUUUACUUUUUUAAAAUAAUUCCUUGGUAACUAAUGUACCAUAGUGCUGUCAUGUCAUGUCUAUUUAAGUCAGUCAACCAUAGAAAUGGUUUAUUCUGUUCCUAAGUUAUUGUAAGUACACUUUUUUUUUAUCUUUAAUAUGUUUGUUUUUAGCAUGUUUUAGCAAAAAAAUCAACUUUUUUAUUUAUUUUUUUACUGGAAGGGCUAUCUCCCUUCUCUUAGCGGUUAAACUGCUAAUAGGAGUUAAUGGAUUUAUAUUUUAUAUGGUAUUAUGAGUAUUGUGAUAUAAUACUAAUCUAUUGGGAUUGUCUGGUGCUACACAAAUUUGAUUAUAUUUAUGAUUAUGUUUUAUACCUUAACAAUUUUUUAUGUACUGCACUAAAUAUUUCAAUAAUAACAGCAAAUAACAAAAUGUGAUUGUUUAAUUUACUUUUUCUUUAUUAUUUAUUAACUCUUUCUCUCCUAAUUGACGAUGCCAUCAUUGAUUUGACCUCAUGUAAUUAAAUUUAUGUUAAAUUUUAUAAACUUUACUUUGUGUUAUAUAAAAAGAGCAUGCAUUCCCCUUUAGCUCUAUACCAACUAAAACAUUUUUGAUAACAAAUGAAAAUGUUAUAGAAGCUUAAUCAUAACAUGUUAGUGAAAUAGUAAUGAGCCAAUUGAAGAAUUCCAUCAGAAUGUGAAAAAAUAAUUACGGAGAGAAAGAGUUAAGGUGUAAUCUUGUGUCAAAUUAAUUUAGGCCUGUUUGAUAGAAACAAAAAUUAGUAACACUCUAUAUAUUUUUAAAUAUUCUGAUUUUUAUAUUAAACAUGAUAAGAUAGUUUUCUCUAAUAAAAAUAAUAUUCCUUUUAAUAUUUUCCGCUGUAGAUCAUGUUGGUUAAAAUUAUGAGUUCUUGUUACAUAAGAAAAUGUUCUAUGAAUGUUAAAUAAGUUAACAAACAAUUCAUUUCUAAAGUAAGCAAAAUAAUGAGGAAAUGCUGUCUGAUUUGAUUUUAAAUUUUUUUUAAUUAUUAUUUUAGAAUAUCUUUACUAUUAUUUUCCUAAUAGAAAAUUUGUAAAAAAAAAAAUGUGCUUUAAUAUGGUAUUUCUUGGCAAGUUUUAAUAUGGAGCUAUAUCCUGGUAUUUUUUGUAUUCUGUUUUUCCUCAGGAGCUAUACAAGUAUAGCCAUGAAUGGCAAUGUCUUACUCAAAAUUAAGAAUGAGUGGAGUGGCCACGCAAACUCAUACUUUACUUGAUAAGUAUGAUCAAAAGACAAAUAUGAUUGAUAAAAAAAAGACAUUGCUUUAACUAAUGAUCAUAUUUUUUCUUGCAUUCCUUGUGUGGUCAUUACAUUGAACAAACUAAACUGUUGACUGCUGCUGUUCUUGUUGAUAGCCAAUGAAGGUUGAUGUGUUCAUUUUGUACAUAUAAUUGAAGAUGAAUUACAGUUACAUUGUCAAUGAAUUCAUUUGAUUAUUUUUUUAGUCAAUAGUUUUGUUAUGCAUUGAUGGCCUAAUAAACAUUCUUUGUUUAGUCUGCAUUAAGGUAAUUUCUAGCUAGAGACAAAGCCUAGCAAAAAUAAAUAUAUUGCUUUAUGCUGUGCAUACUAUAUAAUAUGUCAUUCUAUUAUAACUUGUAUCCAUGCAAUGACUUGCUUUAAAAAACAUGGCAAUACAUUUUGUACAGCAGUUACUGAAAUGGUGAUAAUUACAAUGUCAUGUUUUUUUUUAAAAAAGAAUACACAACUCAAGGUGUAAAUUUUAAACUUUAAUAUUGUUUAUUGAGCCAUCUUCUGAUAUAUAUUUAGAGAGAGGGUGGUCCAAAAGUAGCUAGACAGCCUGUGAAAUAGGGUUAUGUAUCAGAAAACAGGUGAAGCUGUGUUGACAAAAUUUAGAGCUUUUGUAUUAUUGUGAACUUUAAAAGUGAAUUGUCAAUGUAAUGAAUAUGUUAGUCAAUGUAAGUAUAUGUGUGCAAAUCAAAUUAAAUGUUUGUAUUUACUGUCCACCUAUUUUUGGACCACCCUAUUUAUAGUGUGUAUGUUUUGUAUUUUUUACAUUCCUGCUCAGUUCAUUCAAACCUUCAUCAAGAAAUGAUUGAGGUGUUUUAGUUUGCUACUGGCAUAAUGCAUCUACAGUACAAUAAAAUAUUACCAUAAGAAUGAUUCUUUUUUGGGAUAAAAGGUUAUUUAAUAUGUUAUUAAUAAAUAUGUAGAACCAGUAUUUCCAGAUUCCAUUUGUUUUUUUUUAAUAUAAAAAAGAGGUAUUUUGCUACUCAUCUUGAUCCAUGCUUUUUGUUUUUUCAAUAGCAAAAGAUGAAGUGUCAAAACUAGUUGCUUGAACCUUUCAACAAUAUUUAUACUAUUAUUAUUGUACUGGUACAAUAAAUAUAGAUGCUUAACUGUACUCUAUUAUUAAACUUUAUUGAAAAACACUGUUCAAAGAAUCCUAAUUUUGUUCUUUCAUUUCCCUACCAGCUAAUCAUUGAUUAUUUCUUCACUCUGACAUAAAUCUGUCUAUGGCAUUUUACAUCUUGAGAGAGGAUGCUUUCCUUUUGCAAUAUCUUGUGUGACUAAAGAGGCCAAUCCUUGAUACCCAGCUGCGGUCACAGGUUGGGCAUAUGUAAUCACUAGGCGCCUUUGUACUUUCACCCUUCUUUCUAGUACUGUUGUGUAUGGCAUGUGCAAUUCAGGACCCUUCCUUAAUGCUCACUCUCCAUGUGAAUCUAUCACUGUAACCUAUACUAAUGUGUGAUAUUUCACUCUAUUAGCUGUACUUCCAUGUUACAUUUUCAAGUUAGGUUUUUUUUUUUUUUUUCAGAUUUUUUUUUGGCCUCCCAUAGCCAUUAAUU